AUGAGUUUGGAUCAUAGAGUGGCUUCCAAUCUUUUCUCCGAACCUUCUCAGAGAGCUGAAUCUUGUUUGGAUUGCAAACAAGAAAUUAUAGACUCACAUCUUGAACGACUCAGUUGGAAAAAUAUGAGUAGAAAAGAAAGAUUGUUAGCUUUUAUACAUGAGGUGUCAACUGAAGUGAUGGAAAUUGAUAGCAAUUCAUCAGAAUUAAAUAUGGAGAUUCAGAGAUAUUUACCAGCUGAUACUUCUCUAGCUAUAGCAAAGGAUAAAAUUAAAAAGGCUAGAAAAAUAGUUGAUAUUUUUGGUCCUAUAGGUCCAUUUAGAAUUCAUUACGUUCGUUCAUUUUCUGUAGACCAACUCUCAUAUUUUAAAGAAGACGAUAUCAACUUCAUAAAAGCAAAAUUAUCAAACCCUGAGACGUCAUAA